AGACCGAGUACUGCUACGUGGAUGAUUAACUAAUGUUUUCAAGCAAUAAUCUGCACUUUGGUGUACACAAUAGACCGAGCGCACAUGCCGUCUGCCUUUUUCCCUCCGGUCGGCUCUCGCUUCACCCCCUUCAGUGCGUGCAACUUGAUCCCAAACACCAACAACAGACAUGCUCACGGCACGCCACAAGAUCAAGAAGUCCCGCGGCAAGGACAACAAGGCCAAGGAGCCCACCCGUCUGGAGCACGAUGUCGCCAAGGCCCUCUACGAACUUCAGCUCAACUCUGAGAAGCUGAAGGAGUCUGUCCGCGAGCUUGUCAUCUGCGCCGCCAAGGAGAUUGACAUCACCGCCGACAAGAAGGCAAUCCUGAUCUUCGUGCCCGUUCCCCAGCUGGCCAAGUACCAGAAGCUGAUCAAGGAGCGAUCGCUGAUUGAGGAGCUCGAGAAGAAGUUCAGCGGCAAGAGCGUGUUCAUCAUUGCACAGCGCCGUAUCAUCCGCAAGGAGACCCGUAACACAGUGGCCCUGAAGCAGAAGCGCCCCCGCAGCCGCACCCUCACCGCCGUGCACGAGGCCAUCCUCGACGACAUUGUCUUUCCCAACGAGAUCACUGGCAAGCGCAUCCGGUACCGCCACGAUGGCUCUCGCCUCCUCCGCGUCUUCCUUCACCAGGAGAUUCACGACUCUGACAAGAUUGCGACCUACUCCACCGUGUACAACAAGCUCACGGGCAAGAACGUCGUCUUUGAGGUUCAGCGCAACUAAGCAGAGCACCUUUGGACCUGUGUCAACCAUGAACUGGUGAUGAUCGGCGAUGACAAAGGAGGCUGUUUGUGCUGGCCGUGAAGGGUGAACCACCAGCGUCAUUCCUCAUGCGCCAGUGGUUCUAUUGGAUUGGGUGUCCGUGUAUGCCGGGGUGUCGCAUUCUUCUUCGUCUCCUUUUGUUGUGGUUGCUGCUAUCAACACUAACAAAACAAGAAAGAAAAAGACAACAGGCAA